ACUGCACACCGAGCUCACAGCUCUAUGGUCGGUGUUGAUCUGCCGCAAAAGGCUUCUGGUUUCCUUAUGAAGAAGGAAUUAGAGUACUUCGCAAAGGCUCUAGAGAACCCUCAACGCCCUUUCUUGGCUAUUCUUGGUGGAGCCAAGGUCUCUGACAAGAUCCAACUGAUCGACAACCUCCUCGGCAAGGUCAACAGCCUCAUCAUCUGCGGUGGCAUGGCAUUCACAUUCAAGAAGACUCUGGAGAACGUAAAGAUUGGAAACAGUUUGUUCGAUGAGGCCGGCAGCAAGACUGUUGGUGAUCUUGUUGAGAAGGCUAAGAAGAACAACGUUGAGCUUGUCCUUCCAGUUGAUUAUAUCACCGCAGACAAGUUCGACAAGGACGCUAAGACCGGCACUGCUACCGAUGCCGAAGGCAUUCCAGACGGAUGGAUGGGACUUGACUGCGGUCCCAAGAGUAUUGAGCUCUACAAGGAUGCCAUCAGCAAGGCUAAGACUAUCCUCUGGAACGGUCCUCCAGGUGUAUUCGAGUUUGAUGCUUUCGCUAAAGGCACAAAGGCCACUCUCGAUGCUGCGGUCGAUGCCGCACAAAAUGGCAAGAUCGUCAUCAUUGGUGGUGGAGACACUGCUACCGUUGCUGCCAAGUAUGGGGUUGAGGACAAGCUCAGCCACGUCUCAACAGGUGGUGGAGCAUCUCUCGAGUUGCUCGAAGGAAAGGAGCUCCCUGGUGUCACUGCUCUGUCGAGUAAGUAAGCGUUGGCAGAUGAAGUGGCUCCAGACUCUGAUCUGUCAAGGCCGUCCCAGCAAGUCUAGCCUAUAAUGAAGUUGAUGAUGCACGCCGUACAUAGCUCAUGAGGAAAAGUGCCAAUGAAGAAUGAUUUUGGUCAAAACAUCGAAUGCCAGUGAUGUCCAUUGUAUGCUACCCUUUUAUAGUUGAUUCCAAUGUAGCCCCGGAACUCCAUUUAUGAUCGUGCACAUGUGCUUCGUCAACGUUUCUUGCCCGCCUCAACCUUCUUAAGCUCCUCCUUCAGUUGCGCCGAAAAGUCUUCGUUCGUGUCAUCAUCGUC